UUUAAUGCUAUGUAUAGGGAAGAAAAGAUAUUGAGGUUACUUGAUAUCAGAAAAUCCUAAAUUUAAACUUGUAUCUAGAUGUUCCUGCAUAGUAAUGAUACUAAGUUAUAACAGUUACUUUCCCUAUCCCAGUGCCCUAGAGCUAGGACAGAGUAUCUACAUCUGCACACUAAACAUGGCUGGGGUAUGUACCUGGGCUGUGCCACACCAUUGUCUGAGUGAUCCAACUGUUUGCAUGUCCCCUUAACUGUUUGCCUGUAUGUAUGUAUGUAGCUUGUGGUAACUAACACUUUUGAGACAGUGUUUGGGUGUGAUUCCGAGGAUAGCAGGGACCAGGGAGCAUUCCCAAAGGGAAAAGGGAAUAUUGGUGAAGCCAUUCUGCUGGGGGCGUGGAGGGGGUCAGCCAGAGCAGACUGCAGUAUGGGCACAGGCUGUGCCUUACCACCCUUGUCCUGGGCUCCUCAUAUUUACUAGAAUGUGUGCAUGUGCAUGCACAUGUGCAUGCAUGAGUGUAGGUUUUCUAGGUGAUAAAUAUUAAGUUUUGUGAAAUGUCCUUCAAACUGGUCAUCAGUACUUUCAAAGAAAUUGAAUUUUGAACAAAAAGACAUUCUCAUAGAAGUUCUUGUUCGUCUGAUUUGCAGCAGAUUAACAUAUCUAAAACAUUAGGAGGAUUUCACUUAUAGUGAUGCUUGUGCUAAAAUCAAAAUCUGUUUUUUAGAUGCAGUUAUUAAUCUAUUUGUCUUAUUUGGGGACGGUGCCUGAUCUUCUGCUUCUUUCCAAGAUGAAGGUGGCCUUGCCAAAAGUAAACAUAUGUAGCAGCAACUAGCAUAUUGUUACAAUUCUGUUCCUUGUAGCUUCUGAAUUAUCAGACACCUCCUUCUUUUCUGACUUCCAGGCGUUUUAUGAUAGCGUGACUCCACUGAUUUCAGGUUAGCUCUUCCUAGUUACAUUUCAGGGAGAAAUAGGCAUUAAAAUUCUUGUCUGCAGCUGGGGCAACGGGAGGGAGAUUUGAGAGGGAGCACCUUGCCGGGUGUUGCUUCCUAUUGCCCCCCGCUUUUGUUUGGGUUUGCACUUGCUUCUCUAGGGCAGCCACCCUGGACACGGGCGAGGGGCGCCCGAGGCCGCCCGCCGCGGCCCCGCUCCCGCCCGGUGCUCCGCGGGACCUUUACUCUUCGCCGCGCCUCCCGCCCGCCCGGGGAGCCCCACUCACGGGCCAGCUCCCGCCGCCGCCCGCGCGGGGGCCCAGGCCGAGCCGCCGCCAUGGCCGCCAACCGCGGCGCCGUGUGUACGCGCCGUUGCCGGGCGACCGGGCGGUGCGGGGUCACGUGAUGGGCCGGCCACGAGGCAGGCGGCGGGCGGCGCUUGCGCGGGGGAAGCCGGAAGCGAAGGGCCGUUGAGCUAUGAAAUUUCUGUUGGUUUUUGAUUUUGACCAUACGAUCAUAGAUGAAAACAGUGAUACCUGGAUUGUGAAAUGUGCUCCUGAGAAAAAGCUUCCUAAUGAAUUAAGAAACUCCUAUCGACCAGGACACUGGACAGAAUAUAUGGGUAGAGUCUUUGCCUACUUGGGGGACAAUGGCGUCAAAGAAGAUGAGAUGAAAAGAACUAUGACAACAAUUCCAUUCACUGCGGGGAUGGUAGAUCUUCUAGGCUUUAUUGGCAAGAACAAAGAGUUCUUUGACUGCAUAAUUAUUUCAGAUUCUAAUACAGUAUUUAUUGACUGGAUUUUAAAAGCUGCUGACUUUCAUAAGGUGUUUGAUGAAGUGUUUACAAACCCUGCAGCAUAUACCAAUACUGGCUAUCUUACUGUACAGAAUUUUCACACUCACCAUUGUGCAAAGUGCCCUAAAAACCUUUGUAAAAGGGAAGUGUUAAAAGAAUUUCUAGAUAAACAAUUGGAGCAAGGAGUAGGUUAUACACAAAUUGUGUAUAUAGGUGAUGGUGGGAAUGAUCUAUGUCCAAUAACUUUAUUGAAGAAGGAUGAUACUGCUAUGCCUAGGCAGGGAUAUACUUUAGAGAAGAAGAUUUCUCAGCUCUCCCAAGAUCUCAGUCCUUUGGAGUGUUCUGUUCUGGUUUGGUCAUCAGGUAUAGAAAUAAUGUCUUACUUCAAGCUGCUUCUAAAGGAAUAAUUCAAAUGAUAAAAGGAAACAAAUAUUGUUAUAUUUGAUCUUCCUAUAACUGCAUGCACAUAAAAACACAAAACUGUAAAGUUGGGAUGUUAUUAUCUGGACCUGUGUUUUUUUUCUUUUAAAUACAACGUAAAAUUGUUUAUUUUCAAUUUUGACAACAGAAGGGAAAUGAUGUUAAAAUGGCUUUCUAACAAACUAUGUAUUUCAAUAUAAAUGGAGAAGGGUGGCUGCAAGGAGGAUUGACCAUAAUUCAUAAUCUUUUUUUAAUUAUUAUUUUCUGAGCCUUUAUCAACGGCAUAACUGACCUCUCUUCACAUGCUUAUGAGAAGACGUAGGACUAGGGCUCAAAAGAAUGAAAUUCUUUACUUGUAAAUUGUUAGGUGCCAGGAACAAGGUUCUGGGACUGUUGGUUUUGUAUACUUCUUUAAUCAGGAUAAAUGUUUAAUGUGUAAAUUAUCUAGCAUGCUUGUAAUCUUGUUUGAUCUGAAGAUGCAUUUAUAUUUUAAUAUACUAAAUAUUUUACCAAACAGAAUUACUUUUUAAUGGUUUAUAUUAAAGGCAAUAAAAGGUACUGUCACUGACAAAAGCAAA